CCGCCUGCUCCCCCCCACCUCCCCCACAGCCGAGGUGAGGGCGCGGAGCCCCUCCCGGCCCUGGGAGGAUGGAGGUGAGCGUCCUGGCUCUGCGGAACCUGGCGAGCGGCCGGCCGGGGCGGCGGGGCCGCGCUGAGGCUGCCGCCCAGAAGGAAAACAUAUUUGAUCGAUCCAGGAUGGCCCCAAAGACUCCCAUUAAGAAUGAACCAGUUGAUUUAUCAAAGCAAAAAGGCUGCACCCCAGAAAGAAAUCCAAUUACACCUGUUAAGCUCAUUGACAGACCUCAGCCGGAUCCCUGGACCCCCACUGCUAACCUGAAGAUGCUUAUUAGUGCUGCUAGCCCUGACAUGAGGGACCGAGAAAAGAAGAAAGAGCUCUUCAGACCCAUAGAAAACAGUGAGCAGAGUGACACACCUGAUUCGUUACAGUAUGAUAUGGUAGACGACAGCACGGUUGAUGAAUUUGAAAAGCAGAGGCCCAGCAGAAAACAGAAAAGCUUAGGACUCUUGUGCCAAAAAUUUCUAGCUCGCUAUCCAAGUUAUCCGUUGUCAACAGAAAAAACUACUAUUUCUUUGGAUGAAGUGGCUUCAAUUCUUGGAGUUGAACGAAGACGAAUUUAUGAUAUAGUGAAUGUCCUGGAGUCAUUGCACUUGGUUAGCCGUGUGGCCAAGAACCAGUACUGUUGGCAUGGCCGGCACAACCUCAGUCAAACUCUGAAAACACUUCAGGAAGCAGGACAGCUGCAGUAUGGAGAGCUAAUGACCGUCUUCCAGCACAAGGAGCAGGACCUGGAGUACAAAUUUGGAGAACAGAAAAAGGAAACUAUUCCAGAUCUUCAAGACAGAUCCUUAAUGGACUUUUCAGAACCAGAUUGCACCUCUGCAUCUGCAAACAGCAGAAAGGACAAGUCGUUGCGGAUUAUGAGCCAAAAGUUUGUCAUGCUGUUCCUUGUCUCCAAGACCAAGAUAGUCACUCUGGACAUUGCAGCAAAGAUACUGAUAGAAGAAACCCAGGAUACAGUGGACCACAGCAAGUUUAAAACAAAGGUACGAAGACUGUACGAUAUUGCCAAUGUUCUCACCAGCCUAGGCUUGAUCAAGAAAGUUCAUGUCACAGAGGAAAGAGGACGCAAACCAGCCUUCAAGUGGAUUGGGCCUGUGGAAUUCCCUGGCAAGACCACUAACUUGGGUGAGCUGAGAGGGCACAGCCCAACAUCUGAUCCUCUGCCAGGGACACAAGGAGCCUGUGUCCCAUAUCAGAUCUGUGCUACUGGAAGGCAAAGGUUUACACGUCACGCUUCGUUUAACAGCACACAGUCUUGUGAAGAGACCAGAAGGAAGGUCAGUUCUGAGCCCAGCAGCCCACAUCAAGAGAGGCAAGCCUAUAUUAUGAAUUCAGAUGAAUAUUGCUCCAAAAUGAUAAAUCCAGCAGCUAUCUGCAGGCAGAAAAUAGAUGAAGAUACUAGGAAUGAAGCUUGUGCCACAGAAACAGUAUUAAAAUCAGCAAGGAACCCAAGCGUAACCUCACCUCUCUCCCUUCUUUCAGUUCCUGGAGACUCUGAAUUUUGUGUUAACCCUUUGCCUCAGGCAGUUUUCCCUGUGGUUCAGACAGAUGUGCCAAGCCUCUCACUGCCACAUGGCAUCAGCAGCCAAGCUCCACAUCCUUCCACGCUAGCAGCCUCCAAAACAGAAAAUGGAAAACCUGCCUUGCUCCCUAACCAACCGUUCCUGUGCUUUCCAUCUUCAUCCCUCUUUAUGUUGUGUGGUGGUCUUCAGGAAAAUAACUUGAGGGAGAGCCUGCCCAGUGCAGGAGAUGUGGGAAACAGGAAUGCAGAAGCUCAGGCUGCCGUACCUUCAGCUGUCUGCCAGAAACGCAGCUCCCACAAGUGCGCAUCACCCUCUGCACCUGUAGAUGAUGAAGAGCCAGUUGCUAAAAAGCAGACCGUGGAACAGAGGGAUCUGCCUCUCUCACUUGUGGUAUCCAAGAAGCCUUUAGAGUCACCCAAGGCUGAAUCUACCCCAGGAAGUGGCUGUACCUCUGCUGUACAUCUAGAAGCUUUUCGUCUUGACCUCACAAGUCCUGCUGCUCCAGAGGCUUCAAACAAUGAGCCUACUAAGCCGUUAGAUUCUCAGAAGCAAGAAAAAGGGGCUCAGAAUAAAGACCCUGAUGAACCCUCUCCAGGAAAAGUGCACAUCUCUACAGAAAGCACCAAUCAACCUUUCCUACCACAGUAUCUCUAUGUUCAAUCUACUGCUGGAUUGAGCAGUUUUAAUUUCCUGCUCCCUGCAAACCAAGCCCCUGGUGCCAUCAAUCUUGCUGCAAACCAGUUACCUUCUCUGAGCGUCCCCUGUGUCAUGCUGCCAUCAGCAGCCUUGGCUUCCUUCCCUCUUAUUUGUUCUCCCACAAUCAGCAGUCCUCUUCCCACAGUUCCCGAUGGCUCCUUUUCAGCUGCCACCUCCAUGAGUUUCAGCAUGUCCAGCCUGGCAUCAACAGCACCUGUUUUCAUAGGCACCACGGCAGUGGUCACCCCCAAGGUCUCACCUGUGCCUUCAGUGGAUCCUCAGCAACCAACUCACCCUGCUCAGCACCUGAGUCCUGCGCUCCCAAGGUCUUGUGGUGCUGUUAAACUGGACUCCCAUGUGUGUAUGGGGCAUCCAGUGACCCUUCUGAAGCUGCAGCAGCCUUCAUCAGCUCCCCUCACUCCCAAGAACAUUCGUCCUGUGCGUCAUGAGGCAUUUUUCAAAACUCCUGGAAGUCUUGGAGACCCAGUUGCAUGGAAGAAAAAUGAAGGCAACCAGACCAGAAAUGCCAGCUCUGUGCAGAGGAGACUGGAAAUCUCUAGUUCCAGCCCUGACUAACUCCACUCAUUGCAAAGGGUGGGCAGAUUGUCCUAGGACUCUGUAUCUAUUACAAGAGAUCAAGCUCUUGACAAGAGGAGUGUGUUAAAAUGUCAUCCCUUUUGGUAUGCUUCCCCACUAUCUAUUCACGCACCAGUUCUGUUAGCCACCUUCUUCACAAAUCAUCCUUGGUACUGAAACCCUUUUACUGAGUUUUUCCUUCAGUACUGACUUGAAUUCAGAUGUUUCACAUGCCCUUGUGCGCAUCAAACUCUAUUUGGUGUUUUAAUUUGGGAAACUUUAUUGCUGUCAGGAGAUGCAAACAGAUUUUCUUGGCGUCCCCAGGGGUUCUUUAUUCAUGGUUUGAAGUGAGAUGUCUAGCACUUAUCUGGGGUAAGCAUUUUUAUUUUUUUUUUGCAUGUUCUCUACUUACCCUGAGUAAAUCUGUGGUAAAAGUGAUAAACUUCUGCAGUUGUGAGAGCAACUGCUUCCUCAGUUCCAAUCUGUCAAAUCCUGCCUCCGCAGUGCAGCCUCUUGCUAUUUAUUUUGUACAUUGGAGUGGGAUUUAGUGGAAAAAAGUCUUUUUUUUUUUCAGCUUCAGAAUAACAGAUUUUCUCAGGGUAGGAUUACUUGAAUGUCAGUUGGUUGUUGUACAAUUUUCCCAGCACUUGUGGUUAGAAAAACCUAAUAAUAACACGGUAUGAUUGAAUGUAUACAUGUGAAAAAAUAUUAAGACCAAAAUAACUGUGAAUGUUAACAUGUUUAUAUUUGUGUUAAUGAACUGUAGUAGUCCUUAGGUUUUGGGUUUUGGUUCUUUUUUCUUUUACUCUGAGCAAAAUGUACAAGUUAAAUGUAAAAAAUACAAAACCUGAUCCCUUAAUUACAUUUGACAGAGUGACAAGCCACUGAGAGGGCUGUGCUAAGAUUUCAUCUCCCGUUUAAAUAUAUAGUCUAGAUUUUAUGACCAGGAAACACUGGUAAGUCAUUAACCACAUGAUUAGAUUCAGUCUAACCUGAGUCUACUUAAGUGCCUGCUUAGUUGUUUACUUAAGUCUGCUUAAGGGGUAUGUACUUCAGUGCCUAACACCUCACUUACAGGAAUUUUGUAACUAGUUACUAGUGCAUUUGAACAUGCUUGGAAGACAAGGGAGAUCUUCUUUUUUGGCACGUAUUUAUUUAAAUCAUAAAAAGAAACUGAAAAGAGCAGGAGUCUUGAAUUUGGGAAAUGAUAAAAAAAGUAUUCCUAAGCAGAAGAUAAAGAGGAAGAAACAUCUCUCAGCUAAUAUUCAGAGUCAUCAAAUAAUGGAUGGUGCUAUUAAUGAUAUAGGACAUAAUUUUAAGAGUUAAUGCUCUUAUUCUUGGGUAUGUUUUCACUCAUGUAGCAAACCACAGUUUGUACAGUUUCUUGUUUUUAAAAGACAGAAAGUGUUGCUGUUGACAUAGUGUUUCUCUGGAAUUAACAAACAGAAGGCCAGCAUUAUCAACUCUUCUUGGUACUGGUACUGGUUUUCCAAGGGUAGAUACACUGUUGGAUGUGCUACUUUGUUGGUCAAGGGAGACUAGGACUUUUUUGGGGGGUUGGGGGUUUGAUGAGGCUUUUUACUUUUGUAAGGAAAUGUAUUAUGAAAAUGGAAUUUAAGAAAGAAUUUUAGUGAAGCUGGGUGUUUGAGUGAUGUCGCCUUAUCUUAGAAUAGACCAAUAACAGCCUUUUAGGGAGGCCUAGUUAGCCCUCAUUGAAAGAAAAUCUAUAGUAGAGUUAUAGGAAAUUUCAGGGGUGGUAAAGAGAAGUCUUCAGACUGCUAAAUUUAAGGGGUUUAUUAUUGGUUGGUUGGGCUUUUUUUAAUUACACUACAGUUAUGAAAGUUUACAGUUUUUGCUUCUGAAUUAUUUCUUCUUAUACACCCACUUCAAUUAAUGUCACUUUGAAAAGCAGUGUGUAAUUGGCACAGUGCUGCCCCUACACUUGUGUUGCUGUUGGGGCUGGAAACAGGCUGCUAGUGUUCAUUAUGACAUGGUGGAUGUAGAUUCUCCAAGCCUUGUCUUUUUAGUACAGUGCAGCCUUUUAGUGAAAUAGCAGCUGGGAGCAGAGGGGAGGAUUAGAGCUAAUACUGGCUCUUUGCUCCAGUUGAAGCAUCAUUGCAAAAAUCGUCUUUGUCAGUGAUGUUACUCUGUGCCAUAACUAACCUAACUAUACUUGAAAACACAGGGACUGAAAAUGGAUCUUCAGUUUCCAAUUCUGCUUCCAUUUUUGAGUUUCCAUAGAUAGAGCAGGUCUGGAAAUGAGGUUCAACUCCCCCACGAUCAAAGCUGUUCUGUGGCUCAUGGUUGCGAAAGUAGUUUUGGGCCAGGGAGAAGAAGGGGGAUGAUAUGCUGUUUUGCUUUUGUCAAUGCAAAAUUGUCACUAAAACAGGAACAGGACCACCAAAGUAGUUGGGCAGCAAAGGGAUCAAUGCUGCUUGCAAUACUUAAGCUGCUGAACUAGACUGGUGAGUGGGAAGAGCUGGUUUCCAGAGGGAAUGAGUUUAUCUUUCCCAUCUUCACUGAAAGCUAAGAAGAAAAAUAAACUAGGAACAACUCUUCAGGAAAGUAGAUUUGAAAAAGCAGAAUUUGUAUUUGCACUGAGGAAAAGUGCAUACCCAGGAUGUUCUGCAGGGUUUGUGAAACCUUUCUGUCCCAAGACAGUUUGCUGAGGAGGGUGAGCGUAUAACUUAUACUUGAAUCUACCUGCCACGUUUACAUUUCUGAUUGUCUUGUAAAUUGGUGCUAUUUCUGUAUUUAAAAAGCUGUAUUUUUAAUGUAAAGCUGCUUCCAGUUUGUAUCUUUGCACUGCUAGUUUAAUAUAGGUAUUAAUUUUAUUGCUGUUUAUAACUGUUCUUCAGUGAUUAGAUGUCUUGCUUUUCCUGCUCUCUAGCCAUCUUUUUAGCUGUCCACAUAUAGCUUUACUCCCGUCACACUGUUGGGUUGGAUAUUUUUUUUAUACUAUCUUUUAGCAAAAUAUUAAACAACUUCAGAAUAAAAAUGGA